AUGUUUCCCGUUACCCCAGAUGGGAACAAGGUUGCAUGGGCUAUUCAGAUUACGGUGCCCAAAAAAACUCGAGAAGGUUGGUUGGAAUAUUUAAAUUCAGGAGCGGCACUGGAAGACGUGCGCAAUCAAUUUGCUGACGCAGGACAAGUAAGUCUUUUAACUGCGGACUAUUUUCAUUAAUUUCCAAUACUUCUCAGCCCGUUCAAGACAUUCUUGCCAAAACAAAGGUGGAAACAAUGGGCGGAUGAGCAUCCUACAUGAUUCCAGACCUUCCAACCUGAUACACUAACCGCAUACUAUUAAUUGGCGACGCAGCUCACUGUAUCCCUCCUUAUAGCGGUCAAGGUAUCGCCCAGUCAUUCGAAGACGCUGGAUACCUUGCUCGACUACUAGAUGACCAAACAACUCUCGUUUCGAGCUACCCAACUGCAUUCGCACACUUUGAGAAGGUACGCAAGAAAAGAUUUGUGCAUGUACGUGAACUCACCUAACAGUCCGGCAAAAUGCGACAGGCUCCAACCAAGUGGCAAUGGUUUAUCAAAAAGUAUCUCAUGUGGUUUUACUUUUACCGAAAUGAAGGAGGAUACCUUCGUGAUGGACGCAUUUAUGAGUACGAUAUCAAUAAAGAACCGCUUCUUUCGAUUGAUCAAUCUACAACAGACUAAUGUACAUCUUAAAUACAAACAUAUCAGCUAAUCUUACGAGGGAACAUCUUCACAUGUCCAACUCCUUUUGACUCCAUCUUUUGGUCAUAAGUAGACCUCAAUGAGGUAUGAAAAACCUGAAAAGGGUUCGUGCCCUGGCGUCUUUAUUCCCGAGAUAUCGAA